AUGAAUGAUGCUUUUGGUGGCCGCUGUAAUAUUUGGGACCGUUCAUGUGAUUUCAGAAAUCCUUGCCUCUGUACUGGUCUCCGCUGCAGCUGCUGUAUUAAUUGCACGAACCAGAUCAACACAAGUUGCAGAGACAGGUACGCAGGUUCUUGCAAAAAGUCAUGUGACGAGACCGAGCUGGAGAUCGAUGAUUGCAAAGCAGGUUGCAAGUGUUGCGGCUGCAAGAUUUCGCAGAUGUGCCUCGACGCAGGAGGCCAUUGCAUUGUGGGAAGGAAAGGAUGCAACGGCAGGGUGACGAGAUGCUGUGAAGGGAAGAAUUGCUACUGUUGCAUUCCAAAGACUUGCAGGCAGCGCAAGUGUUGCACCUUUCCCGGAGGCAGAUGUGCCAAGGCUUGCAAGAAGGGGGAAAUUGCAGAAAAAGGCCUUUGUUCCAAAGACUGUGUUUGUUGCUUUGAUGACAGGUGCCCUGACAGCCCCAAGUGCCAGGCAUUAGACGGGCGCUGUGUGGAGAGCUGCGAGGCCGACGAGGUGUCUGUCCCUUGGCUCUGCGGAGGUGAAACGUGCACCUGUUGUGUGAAGAACAACUGCAACCAGACCAAGUGUUGCGGAGCCUUUGGCGGAAGUUGCGAAAAGUUUUGCUCUGAGGGCGAGAAGCCAGUCGCGGAUCUCUGCCAAGGAAAGUGCCAGUGCUGCGUGGCAGUUCUUAUUGCAACGGAAGAUAAAUGGUUCCUACUGGAAAUUCAUGAAAAGAUCAAAACAAUAUUCUCCUAG